GCUUUAUUGUUAUUUAAUUAUUGAUUUCUUGCUACAAGUUUGUUUAAGCCAACUGCUCCACUCAUUUCUUGCUGGGUUAAGAAUACCACUAUUUGGUUAAUUAUUUAGGCCCCUCAGGCCUCAGUCACACAUGCCAUUUCAAUCAUAUAUUAAUGUGGAAAAGCCAGCCAUUCUCUUAAUAUAUAUAUAUAUAUAUAUAGAGAGAGAGAGAGAGAGAGAGAGUAAAGAGCGCAAGAGAGAGUGGUUUCUCUUUUCAUAGGUGUCUGCACACAAUCUGUGAUUAUUAUUGCAAAGCAUUUUGUGAUUAAUCUCUUGAGUACAUAACUAUGAAAUACAUCCGUACAUCCAGCCUGAAGAGACUGUUUUCACUCAAAAGACACAGCUUUGAUGGAGAACUGCAAAAAGCUCAUGAAUUCAGUGGUGAAGAUCAUCCCCAAAAGCCCACCUGGAAGUGCUUUUCCUUUGAAGAAAUCUUUGCUGCCACCAAUGGCUUUUCCUCAGAUAAUAUGGUUGGGAAAGGAGGGUAUGCUGAGGUUUACAAAGGAGUUCUAGAAGAUGAGCAAACAGUUGCUGUCAAGAGAUUGACAAAAACUGCAAGUGAUGAGAGGAAAGAGAAGGAGUUCUUGACAGAGAUUGGAAUUCUUGGUCAUGUUUCCCAUCCUAAUGUAACUCCACUUCUUGGCUGUUGCAUCGACAAUGGACUUUAUCUGGUUUUCGAAUUCUCCUCCAAGGGCUCUGUUGCUUCUCUUCUCCAUGAUGAGAACUCGCCUGCCAUGGACUGGAAAACAAGAUUCAAAAUUGCUACCGGAACUGCAAGAGGCCUGCAUUACUUGCACAAAAGCUGUCCGAGAAGAAUAAUCCAUAGGGACAUCAAGGCCUCGAAUGUUUUAUUGGCUGCAGAUUUCGAACCACAGAUAUCUGACUUUGGUUUGGCAAAGUGGCUUCCCUCACAGUGGAGCCAUCACUCGAUUGCCCCAAUAGAAGGAACAUUUGGUCAUUUAGCGCCAGAGUACUUCAUGCACGGUGUUGUUGAUGAGAAAACAGACGUAUUUGCUUUCGGGGUCUUUCUACUAGAGCUCGUUUCGGGGAAGAAACCUGUGGAUGGCUCUCACAAGAGUCUUCAUAGUUGGGCAAAACCUAUUCUAAAUCGAGGGGGUAUCAAAGAGGUGAUCGAUCCACGACUUGAAGAGAACUACGACGAAAUCCAGCUAACCAGGCUUGCAUAUGCAGCCUCACUCUGCAUCCGAUCUUCUCCAAUUUGGCGCCCGACAAUGACUGAGGUGUUGGAUGUGAUAUUAAUGGAAGAAGAUUUAGAGAGAGAGAAAUGGAAUUUGGAGGAGGGGGAGAGAGAGGGAGAUGGAGAAGAAGAGUUUUGGGGGUUUGAGGAUUUGGAAUGUGAUGGUGAUGACGAUGACGAUGAUAGUUCUUGGUUGUCUUCUUCUUCUUUACAGGAUUCUGUUUCUGUUUCUGUUUGUGUGUGCACUGGAAAUUCAGGUAGAGAUAGAGAUAGAGAUGCUUUUGGGGUUAGUUAAAUGUAAAUAAUAAAUCAUUAGGACAGGAAAGAAAAGGCAUCCAAGAAAAACAUUUUUGUCCUCACGUAUGUAUAUCAGUAUGUGUGUUUAUAUUUAUUUAUGUAUGUAUUCAAUAUUUUAUAUUUCAA